AUGGAAGGCAUAUGGAAACGACUAGUUUCGGGAGGGAAAGGCCAACCAUUAAAAGAUACAUUGAAUACUUAUAAAGCCCCUACUGUAGCAAGUAGCAAUAAUACUUCAGUAACAUAUGGUACCCAUAGUACAGUAGCAAUGACUACUAAUCAGCAAACAAAUACUACUUCAAAAUAUGGAAUUGAUGACUUCCAACUGAUUAGAACAUUAGGUACAGGGUCAUUUGGUAGAGUAUUCUUAUCUAAACUAAAAAAAGACGGAAGUAUAUUUGCUAUUAAGAGAUUAAAGAAGAGUGUUGUGAUUCGCCAGAAGCAGGUGGAUCAUAUUACAAAUGAAAAGUCUAUUUUGAGGAAAAUAAGUCAUCCAUUUUUGGUGAAGAUGUACGGCACAUUUAAAGAUGAUAGAUAUUUAUAUAUAAUUAUGGAAUUCGUCAUUGGUGGAGAAUUCUUUACAUAUCUAAGGCGAUGCAGGCACUUCGAUAAUGACACUGCACGUUUCUAUUCAGCUCAAGUAGUACUAAUGUUCGAAUACUUGCAUGCAAAAAAUAUUAUUUAUAGAGAUCUAAAGCCAGAGAACAUAUUAAUUGAUAAAGAGGGUUACUUGAAAUUGACAGACUUUGGUUUUGCCAAAAUAAUAGAAUACAGAACUUUUACCUUAUGUGGAACACCUGAAUAUAUAGCUCCGGAAGUCCUUCUUAAUAAGGGACAUGGAAAGCCAGUUGAUUGGUGGACUCUUGGUAUAUUAAUAUACGAAAUGGUUGUAGGUUUUCCACCAUUUUACGAUGACGAGCCUAUGGGUAUAUACCAGAAAAUCUUAGCAGGUAAGAUAUUUUUCCCAAAAUAUUUUGAUAAGAAUUGCAAAAGUCUUGUAAAACGGCUUUUAACGCCCGAUCUUACAAAACGUUAUGGCAAUCUUAAGGGAGGGGUUAAUGAUAUAAAGACACAUAAAUGGUUUUAUGGUUAUGACUUCGAACUUCUUUAUGAGAAGAAAAUACAACCUCCAUAUAUCCCAAAGGUGAAAUCACAUGAAGACUCUUCUAACUUCGAGGAAUAUCCAGAUAGCCAUGAACAGCCUGCAGUAAUAGCUGGAAAUGCAGAUCCAUUUAUUGAUUGGUAA